AUUGCUAAGCAACUAAGCAAAGUGCACAUGUUGCCUGUGAAAAAGAGAAUGCUUCUUACUUCCCUUCCUCAUCUUUCUUCUUCUAUCUCUGCUCAUAAGAUGCGAAAACAGUGCUUAUGAUCCCAUUUUGCCUACGGAGGAAGGUACAGAUCUUCUACUUGAUUUUGUGCUUCAUUUUUCGCUGCCUCUUAAGCCUCAAAGAAUAGGCCAGAUACACACAAUUUCAUUCCAGGCCAGGUUAAGAUCAUGGCAAGUGUAGAUGCUCUUAUUUCUCCACUGGUAGAUCGAGUGUUGACAAUCCUCACCAGCCAAGCUCAAUAUGUACUUGGUUUUAGUUAUCAGUUCGAGGCCAUGCAGGCCAUGGUUCGACGUAUUAGGGCCUUACUUGGAGACAGUGAUAACAGCAAUGAGGAGAUCGUCGAGACAACAGCUAAGUUCAGAGAUUUGAUGUAUGAAGCAGAUGAUAUUUUGACAGAUUGCUUAAUCAGAGAAGAAUAUCACGAUAAUAAUAUCGUUUUCCGGUAUAAAACAGGCAGGAAAAUGAAUAGUAUUUAUAAACGGAUGAAGGAGAUGGAUGAUAUUUUGGGUGGUCAUUUGAAAGAACCUAGUGGUGGAAGCAGCAGCCAUGGAGAUGACACAGAGCAGUUCACAAGAACUACGACAAAGGAUUGUCACGAAGCUGAUAUAGUUGGACUUGAAAAUGAUGUGAAAAAGAUAAAAGGGUGGAUUCUUCGGACAGACAACAAGCUUCUAAAGAUUGGCAUUGUGGGGAUGGGGGGGUUGGGAAAAACCACCAUCGCCAAGAAAAUUUUUAAUGAUACUGAUGUACGCUAUCAUUUUAAUCAGAAGAUAUGGGUGUCAGUUUCUUCGAGUUUUAGAGUGGAGGUGAUCUUGAGAAGCAUCUUACAGCAAUCAGGAGAAGAAUCAGCAGUCGUUCAGAGUGAAAUGUUACAUAAAGUUGUUUCUCUGUUAAAAGCGAAGACUUGUCUCAUUAUUUUCGAUGAUAUCUGGGAGAAGGGUAUUGAUUGGUGGAAGAACUUUUUUUCCUCCGAUCUAGCAGGGUCAGCUUGUAGCGGAAGUUGCUUUAUUAUUACCACAAGAAACAAAGAAGUUGCAGAUGCUAUCAAAGCCAACGAAACUCAUCAUCCAAAAGUUCUUGAUGAUAAAAAAAGUUGGUUAUUAUUCUCUAAGCAUGCAUUUCCCGAGGUUAAGGAGGAAAGCCUUGAAAAAUUUAAAGAAGUAGGCAAGAAAAUUGUGUCUGAAUGUGGGGGACUUCCACUCGCAAUCAAGACAAUAGGAGGCUUGCUGGGAUCAAAACCUCAUUCUCUUCAAGAGUGGAAGAAAAUUUGCGACAAUUUUUCUGUCCUCGACAUCACAGAGGAAAAUUCAGUCGUAAUGAAAUCCCUGCAACUGAGCUACGAUGCACUUCCACCUCACCUAAAGCAAUGUCUACUUUGUUUUUCCAUUUAUCCUGAAGACUUCGAUAUACAAGCUGAAAAGUUAAUCCAUUGGUGGAUUGGAGAGGGUCUCAUCCACGGCAAAGACUCAGAAACUACAUUCGAAAUGGGCUUCAAACACCUAUCUAUGCUGGUCAGCAGAUGCCUGGUUGAAGUUGUGGAUACGCGAGGUUAUGAUGGAAGAGUCUACAGUUGCAAAAUGCAUGAUCUGGUGCGAGAUUUGACCCUUGCGAUGGCAGGAAAAGAGAAAGUUUGCAGCUUUGAUGAAGAAGGGCAAAAAUUGACCUCAGAUUCAAGAUGGUUGGGUUUCACAAGUGAAAUGGAUGCACAAUCCUUGAACAAAACUCCAAAGCUCAGGGCUUUGCUGCAGACAACUAACAAUCAAGCUCAACUCCACAGUAAUUUGGGUUCACUCUGCUCACUCAGAGCACUUGACUUGUCUAGUAAUAAGCUAGACAACGUUGCUUUAAAGAAGCUCCUGCGUUGGAUUAGCUCCCUGGAACGCCUAGCUUAUCUAAAUCUAAGUGGAUCCAAGGGCCUAGAAGAAGUUCCCGAUUCGAUUAGCAAACUCCGAAACCUCCAGAUCUUGGUUUUAAGUGGAUGCCGCAAGCUAUCCAAGCUAAGCCCUUCAAUCACUUAUCUGAAGAGGUUGAUUAUCUUGGACCUAAGCUCUUGUGACAAGCUUCCAUACUUGCCUCAUGGACUAGGGAGUCUCUCCCAGCUUCAACAAUUAUCAGGAUUAAGACUAGCUAGUCAGAGUAACAGAAAAAGCUGUCAACUUCUUGAACUUGGAAAACUAGGCGAGUUAAGAAUCCUGCGAAUGCAUUUAAGUAAAGAUAGUGACAUAACAAGUUCGGAUGUCCUAUCUAAGCUCAAGAAACUCAAGGUUCUAGCCAUUGAUUUUGACACUGAAAAGUUGGAUGGAAAAUAUAUGCAAGAGAUGCUAGAACAACUUCCACCUCCACAAGGACUUGAGGAGCUGUAUCUUAGGCGUUACCAUCAUGAUACUUUGCCGAAAUGGGUUAUUCCUGAUUCUCUCCCCCAUUUGGCAUAUCUUUGUAUUGAGGAUGGAGGCUUGUUUGAUAUCCGCGCAGGUGAAAUCACUUGGAAUCUUGAGGGUUUGUGUUUGAAGCUGUUGCCAUACUUGAAGAAGGACUGGAACAUAUUGACGAAGGAGAUGCCUUUAUUACGCUACGCAGAGGUUAGUGGUUGUUCUCAAAUAGACAAUUUCCCGAAAGCUGAUCCGGGGAUCUGGAGGGCAUAAUCAGCACUAAUGAAUCACUCAUGGCAAUAUAUUUGGUGCUGUCGCGUGAAUUCAGAAUAAUUGAAUGCUAAUUGAUUGUGAUGUUAGAUGUGUUCUUAAUCUUGUUGUAGUUGUAAUAUAUGGAUGUGAUUUUGUGCGUUCGAAUUGGAGGUAAUGUAUGCAAUUAAGUGUCUUAAUACGCUGUUGAGAGAGGUUGAAUAUUUGGGUACAAGGGAGCACUAUUUUCCAGUGUUCCGGUUUAUUUAAUAGUUUUCCCAUUGUUGAGAUUCAA